AUGACCACCAUAAACGACCACCCAGAAAACAUGGCCCCCAACAAGAGCGGCCUUACCGCCCACUCUGCGAGAGCCUGGUCUGGCCACGCCGAUGACCCCUUCUCUGACCGUGGCUCUGGAGCCGCCCGAGAUGGCGAACCCUCCCCCGAGACUGCUGAGGCCACCCAGGGUCUGUACAUCCUCGAGUCGAAAUCGGUUCACUGGUGGAGCUACCUGGCCACGGCCGAUUUUUGGAUUGUCGUUGCCAUCGGGCAGGUCCUAGCCUUGUGUAUAACGGCCACCAACACAUUUACCAGCUUUCUGCAACAGGAGAAUUUCAGUGCACCAGCGUUCCAAACCCUCUUCAAUUACGUGUUUCUCGCAAUAAUCUACAACAGCAUUUUCCUCCUUCGCGAUGGCCCUCGAGCUUGGGCUCGAGUUGCAUACCGCGAUGGGUGGAAGUACCUCAUAAUGGCGUUUCUCGACGUAGAAGGAAAUUACUUCACCGUUUUGGCUUACGAGUACACCAACAUCUUGUCCGCGCAGCUGUUGAACUUUUGGUCCAUUGUUUGUGUGGUCAUUAUCUCAUUCGUGCUUCUCAAAGUCCGCUAUAAGCCGUUCCAAAUCAUUGGCAUCUUGGUCUGCUGUGGCGGCAUGGGUAUCCUGCUAGGAUCCGACUACAUUGUUCAGCGAGACAGCGGUACUUCUGGCGGCGGAUCCAAACUCAAGGGUGACUUGUUCGGUCUGUUGGGCGCCACGCUCUAUGGAACAAGCAACGUGCUCGAAGAAUGGCUGGUGUCCAAAGCCCCCAUGCACCACGUGUUGGCCUUUAUGGGCCUCUUGGGCAUGAUCAUUAACGGAGUCCAAGCUGCCAUAUUUGAUCGCGACACCAUUGCCGGCUCAGCAUGGAGCGGAAAAGUCGGAGGCUACCUCGUCGGGUAUACCCUCUGCCUCACUCUCUUCUACACGCUGGCGCCGCUCAUUCUCCGCAUGGGAAGCGCAGCCUUUUUCGACAUCUCGCUCCUGACUGCCAACUUCUGGGGCGUGAUUAUCGGGAUCCACGUGUUCGGACUGAGCAUCCACUUCAUGUACCCCAUUGCCUUUGUGUGCAUCAUUAUCGGCUUGACCAUUUACUUCCUCUCGGGCAGUGUCUUGGGUGACUCCAAGAAGCCCUGGCUGGGGGAUAACCAGGAGGCCGGCGUCGCGGGAAUCGGCACCGCCAAGCUCAGGGCCAUCAACGCAGCGCGCAUGGCGUCCGUCGAGGCCGAGUACGGCGCCGCUCCUCCCAAGACCCAGAUGAGCGCCAGGAUUCGUGCUAUUUUCGGCAAGACGAUGUAG